GCCGCCGCCAGGAAAUGCCCAGGAGUGUGUGUCACCUGCCCCGACGACGCGCUGCCUCCCAGGAGCGCCGCCUUAGGGGGACCCCCGAGAGCCGCGGCCGCUGCCGGGACCCCGCUCCGCAGCCAUGAGCAAGCUGGGCAAGUUCUUCAAGGGGGCGGGCUCGUCCAAGAGCCGGGCGGCUCCCAGCCCCCAGGAGGCCCUGGCCCGCCUGCGGGAGACCGAGGAGAUGCUGGGCAAGAAGCAAGAGUACCUGGAAAGCCGAAUCCAGAGGGAGCUCAGCCUGGCCAGGAAGCAUGGCACGCAGAACAAGCGAGCUGCAUUGCAGGCACUAAAGAGAAAGAAGAGGUUUGAGAAGCAGCUUGCACAGAUUGAUGGCACACUUUCCACCAUUGAGUUCCAGAGAGAAGCCCUGGAAAACUCACACACCAACACCGAGGUGUUAAGGAACAUGGGCCUUGCGGCAAAAGCGAUGAAAGCCGUUCAUGAAAACAUGGAUCUGAACAAAAUAGAUGAUUUGAUGCAGGAGAUCACAGAGCAGCAGGACAUUGCCCAAGAAAUCUCCGAAGCCUUUUCUCAGCGGGUUGGAUUUGCCGAUGGCUUCGAUGAGGAUGAGUUGAUGGCAGAACUUGAGGAACUGGAGCAGGAGGAAUUAAAUAAGAAGAUGACAAAUAUCCGACUUCCAAGCGUGCCUUCCUCCUCCCUCCCAGCACAGCCAGAGAGAAUGCCAGAGAGAAUGCCAAGCAGAAUGCCAGGCAGAAUGCCAGGAAUGUCCUCCACUGCACAUCGAUCCCGAGCAGCAUCUUCCAGGAGGGCAGAAGAAGACGAUGAUGACAUCAAAAAAUUAUCAGCUUGGGCUACUUAAACUGAAAUGAAAUUUUUUGACACCUGCAUUAACAGUUCUACAAAAGACAUAAAAAAUAUUUUUGCCAAGUUCAGACGUUAACAGAGACUCUGUUUUAUAAUUACACUGGAUGAAUAAUUGUCUUUUAAGCCUCCUAAGUAAAGUGUAAAAAGGAGUGGUGUGCAGACAUAGAGUCAGGGAUGCAGAGGGGCUUCCUGGCGGUGUCUCGGCAGAUCCCUCCGUAUUGAUGGAGGGGGCAUUCCACCAUGUUCACUGCCAUAUUUCCCGUCCUGGCACAUAGUUGGUGUUCUAUAUAUAUUUGUUGAAAGAAAACGGAGUUCUAUGAACACAUAAAACAUAUGACGAUUUAUAAGCCAUUUCAGAGUGAUACAUUUAGAAUGGCUAGGGAAAAUCACUUUCCUUUCUAUGCAAAUGCACGUUUGCUGUGUGCCUCCGUGUUGGAAGAGAUGGAGCCCAUGGGAAAUGUAAAUGCACUGUGGAGAGUGUCUCUUUCAGGAGAGACUUCUUGGAGAGACGUCUUGUUUGCUCUGUACAUAAAUAGUUUCACUUGAGUUUUGCAGUUUAAAAUCUUAAAGGAGCUUUAAUUGGCAUUUAUUAUGCCAAUUAAGCUUGGAAUGGGGCAAUGGAUGCAUUUCCCAAAGUGUCUGAAAGCACUAACAGCUUAGACUGCCGAGCCAGAAUCUCCUGGGUGUGAUUCAGGCAUGUGGGGACCCGCAUUAGCACUCCCAAGCCGUUAUGAUGCCGUUAUGGCUUCGGCGUGCUAAAUGUGUGAAUGUGCCUUCUCUUCUGUUUUGUGCUCUCUUGUACAUUUAUUUACACUUUAAAGCAUAUUCUUUGUAAAUACAUAAAAAUAUAGGCAAUUAAAAGUAUAUCUUGAAGAAAA